UAAGAGAUUAUAGAGAGUUUGACAUGGCAACUUCCAGCUUCUCGUCUCGUGGUGCGCAAACCGUGAACACCAUUUUCGUCAAACCGAUGCUUAGGAAAUCUAUCCACAAGAAGAGCGGGUCACAAGACAUAGUGAGGGAGUCGGUGAAGAGUGAUGGCGCCAGCGUCCGAGAGGCCGAGAUGAAGACGAUGAGAGGUUUCUCCGUGGCCGGAGAGACGACGUCAACAUCGUCAGAGAGUAGUUGGGUCCCACAUGAAACCACGGGAAUAUACUAUCCAAAGGGACAAGAGAAGGUGAUGCAAGAUGUGCCUCCUCCUCCAGCUGGUAGCCAUGUGGACGAGCUAGUUAACUGGUUCUUUUGAUCCUUACUUUCCUAUCAUCUCGAUCUCACCAUGAUAGCACUACUGUUCUCGAUAUCUAAGUCUAAUUAUUGUUGUAAGGAGAGGGGGGGGGGACAAACUUUACUAUACUGUUCUGUGUUGUAUCAUACAUAUCUGUGUGUAUAAGUGUGGAUAUGUAUGUAUAGUCAUAUAAUCAAUGAUAAUGAAUAAUGAUGAUGGUAGUAAUUAAAU